CAAGUAAUAAUUUGAAAUACUACAAGAAAGAUAUUGUAACGUUUGUACAACACAUGCCUAUGGUUAUUUUUGCAUACAUGAAACACAUUUUUUUCUCUCGAUAUAACUGUCAGCAUAAAUGAAUUGGUCCAUGCAAAAAGGGCUUCAGUCCAUUUUUUCCGCAAUUCCAGUUUGAAUAUGCAACAUUACCUAAGAAGGUAGAUACACAUUUCUACGCCAAAAAGACUUCAGUCCAAUGCACUGUUACCGUAGUAACAGACUGUUAAUUUCACUGUUCCAUGCAGCAAGGGCUUCAGUCCUGGACUGAAGCCCCUUUUGCAUGGAAUAAAGUUUGGGAAUUUUUGUUGUAGCGGCGCACUAUUGAAAUAUUCUGUGACAUUAUGUUUCCUAACCUGUUAUUCAAAAUGUUUAUAACAAAAGAAUGUUGAAUAUGCAGUUUGUUUGUUAAAUGAUGGUAAAUUAGUAAGUUUUAUACAAAGAUAUUGUUAAAUAAUGUCAUCAGAAAGUGAAGGCACAGACAAUGUAGAAGAAAGAGGUAUAAAGAGGAAAAGUACACCAUCUUCUUGGAAAAGAAAUAUAAGAAAAACUGCAAGAUGUAAAGGGGAGGAAUACCUAACCUCCAAAGGCAAUUUGAUUCCAGCCAGAACAACAGGACCUCCAUGCAGGUAGGUCUAUAACUACCAAUGUUAUCUAAAGCUUGUAUUUGUUAUAUACAUUACAAUAUUAGGCACUUACUUAUGUAUUUCUGAUAUCAAGAGAAUUAGUUUUAGUAGGCCUAAAUCUCUCAAUGCACUAUAUAUAUUUCCUUUAUUUUCCAACAAUCACAAAAAUAUUUAUCGUUUUGUUUUCAGAUGUCAGAGAAUGAAGUGUUUUGAGAUCUCAGAUGAUGAAGCUAUUGAUGUGCUAAGACGUUUGCAUGAUUUGCCUACAAAAAAUCAACAAGACACAUUUAUUCAAUCUCUGAUUGAUAUACAUGAUGUUGAUCGCCGUCGACCUCGGAAGAAAGAGGGGGCAAGAAUUGUUGACAAAGUUUACAAAUACUAUGUUAUUAUAGGCCAUGUAAAGAGAGAGGUAUGUUACAAAGCUUUCUUAUCAUUGUUUGCUAUUACUGAUAAACGAGUGAAGAGGAUUAGAAAACUUGCUUUAUUGGGCAAAAGUCCCGUUGAUGAAAGAGGGAAAACAUCAAGUGCUAACACACUUCCACCUGAAGUUCGGGAAAAAAUCAGAAACCACAUUCUUAGCUUUCCAGUUAAAUGCACAAAAUACACUGGUAAAACAAAAUCAUAUCUCGACGCCAGACUGUCUGUAAAGUCCAUGUAUAAUCUAUUCAAAGAUAAAAAUCCUGACAUUAACUGCAGUUAUCAGUUUUUCAUUAAGUUUUUCAAUGAAAACUUUUCUCUAUCAUUUGGCAGACCCCAGGUUGAUUGCUGCUGUACUUGUGAGGAGUUAAAACUUAAAAUUAAAAGCCCUCACAUAAAUGAAGCAGCCAAGAGGUGUGCGGCAGCGGAACUAAUGAUUCACAGAAGGAGGGCAAAGAAGUUUUAUAAUGAACUUAAAAAAGAACGAGACUGCAAAACUGAACCACACGUUCUGUCCAUCUGUAUGGAUUAUUUGCAAAAUAUUCAAUUGCCACGAAUCCCAGUUCAAGAGACUUUCUAUAUGAGGCAGUUAACAGUCAAUGUUUGCUGCAUACAUAACAUAAAGGAACAUAGUGCUAUGUUAUACCUUUAUCAUGAGGGUACUGCCAACAAAGGCCCAAAUGAAGUGUGCUCACUUUUAACGGAUUAUUUGAACACGGUUCCUCCAGAAAUUAAGGAGAUAAGGAUUUUCUCUGACAACUGUUCUGGCCAAAACAAAAACCACUCACUGGCACGUUUGUUAUUGGCUUUAACACAAACUGGUCGAUUUAAUAAAAUAGAACAGUUCUUCCCCAUCAGGGGUCAUUCGUUUCUCCCCUGUGACCGAGAUUUUCCAAUGAUUAAAAGACAGCUGAGGAAACAUGACCGUUUAUAUUCCUUAAGAGAAAUCACUGAAUUAGUAAUCAAGAGCAGUAAUAAUAAUAAGUUUAUAGUGACACAUGUGAAAUCGGAACACAUAUUCGAUUACAAAAAUUGGUGGCCUCAAUAUUACAAAAAGUCUGUCGUUUCAGAAGAAACGCGCCCGAGAUCAGUUCCGAAAGAUGAUAAGCAACAGUUUGGCAUAAGUUCCUUCAUGCAUUUUUCUUUUAGUCAAGAAAUGCCUGGAACAAUUGUUGCACGAAAAUUUAUCAAUGGUAUGGUACUACAUACUUUUUGUUUGCGGCAAGCAAUGACGAACCCCGAAUUUCCACCAUGCAUUGCUUAUCCAGAAGGGAAGGUCCCCAUUAAAAAAAAGAAACUAGAUGACAUACGAAAACUUCUGCCCUAUAUUCCCGAGGAGCAUAAACAAUUUUACAUUGAUAUUUCUAACUGGCCAACAGCUGAAAACAUUGAUUUGGAAGUACAAGAUGAUUAACUGGAGAACAUUGAUUUGUAGGUACAAGAUGAUUAACUAACUGUAUAUAAUUUAAUUUUUGACACACUGUACAUGAGUAAAUAAACUAAUAUGUAGUAAAAUAUAACAUAUUGUAUCUUCUUUUCUACCAUUUUGUUGGAUAAGAAACAAUUAAAAUAAUAUAUAUACUAAAAUAACAAUAAAAUAUAAAAGAGUGUUUAAUAAAAUACUUUUCCAUGCAAAAAUGGCUUCAGUCCAACAUAUUUUAUAAUUUUUUUUCGACAAACUAUAUACAAGAACAGUAAUAUAGAUAAUUCAUAUGAGUGGUGAAAUUGUUAGGUACCAUAUUAAAAAAAAGGUGUUAUUAUAUUAUUAAAAUCUUCUGGCGCAGACAGUUUUUUGUGUUUUUCUCAAAAACACUUAUUUAGGACUAAAGACCUUUUUGCAUGGAUCGAUUCAAAUGGUACAAUUAUUAGUCUCGUAUUUUAACAUCUUCUUGGCUGAAAGAAAUCAUUAAGAAUUCAGGGGUGUUCAGAUCGUCUGGAAUGCACUACUUAUAGUUCAUAACCACUUCAUGUUUUGCGUCACUUUGUGUACUACAUGGCAACUUGUGUUGCGUGUAAGUUCUGUGAAGAUUAAUUACAAAAAAAAACUGAAUGAGAAAGAUUUCCAAGCCAGGUACAGAUAUCCCAUGGGUGGGGAAAUUUCGAUAUCUGAUGAGAGUUUUUGAUCUUUCUUGGCCAUGCGCACUGUACGAGGUACGAGUAUUAUGAUUUUUGGCGUCUCCAUCAGUCACUCGUCUGAGAUCGGCAACUCGGACGAACGUUCUUGCCAAAAUAGGCCCUGUCGAUGGUAGAGCAUAGUCACGACACGUAUGUGGGGGUUCUCUUGCUCCAGUUUGCAACGGGAAAAAAAAUUGGCUGCUAGAAUUUACUUUAUGAAAAUCAGUUACCAAAUAAUAAUGUAUUUAUAACUCACGAAACUGUAAAGCGACAUUAAGAUUUUGAAGUUAAAAAAACCAAAACGUUU